UUUCAGCUAACUUGUGUGUAUUUCAUGUAUGAAUAGUAAACAAAUCGAGUUCCUAAGAAUUAGCUGGUCAGAGAAACGCGUCUUUGUUGACCAAACGGCCAACACUUGAGCGAAUGCAGUCGGUGUUUGACACAGUAUCGAUAGUAUUCUCUCAAACAUCCAUUUAUUAACAGUUACCAAAUCAAGUUUGAAGAAAACAAAAGACGUGUUUAAGUUUCGUACGUUGUCGUUCACAUCAUUUCUUUUGUGAACGUGAAACGAUAAAGACGUGUUGACUUUGUGUAAUGGAAGAAUUUUUGAUUCAAUCAGAACUUACUCAUCUACAAUCAGUUCUAGAAGGUACAAGUAAAUAAGGAUAUCCUCGAAUUAAAUCUUCCAGUGACUUCAGGUGGUGGAUUAGUAAAUCCUUUACCACUUCAAUUGAUUGAACAAUUCAUUAAUAUACCACCCGAAACAUCUGAAAGUAAUUCAGUGGCUCCUGUCUUAUGUGCAAGUGAUCCAGCUGCUCUUUUGCAAAACAGAGCUGAAUCGCCUCCUAAAAGGCAAUUAUUGAGUCAUCGAAAUUUGAGUUUUCUGUGGAAUCAACAUUGGAGGGACAUCCAAUUGGAGUAGCUCUUUUGAAGAUUGGAAAGUUCAACAAAAAACUGACGACUCAAUAUCAAUCGAUGAUAGUUGACAUUAUUGUUUGUGAGCUUUUACGUAUUCCACGACACGUUACAAAUGAUGAUCUUAGUGAAGUUGCUCAACAAAUAGUGCUGUUAUUUGAAAAAGAGUGUGUCGAAACAUUCUAUAUACCACCCGUGAAAAAAAGAGAUUCAAGAUCAAAUUUAUCAGAAGUUUCAAAAGGAAAGCUGCCAGAUAAACUUCGUAAUUUGAGAACAAUAAUUCGUGAAGCAGCUCGUAUUGGAAAAGAAGUAACGAUAUAUACAGAGAAAGAGAAUCACGACCAAAAAGAAAUAGCAACAGCAGAAGAAAGCAAAAUUUGGCUUGUGCAUAACAGAGAAUCGACUGAAGUAUUAAACCAUUGGAAUUCAUCGUACAUUCUGCGUGAAAUAGAUUUAGAUGAGAAGAACUAUGCUAGCAUUGAAGACGUGUUAAACAAUUGGCCAAUUUUAAAAGAAUCAAAAAGCUUUGAGCUGAUUGAGAAAGACUUUGAUAGAAAGUUUCCUAAUGCUGGUAACACUUUCAUCCUAGAAUGGGAUAAGUUUUUUGGAAAUCUAUUGAAUUUAUAUGGACAAAAAAUUACAGACCAGGAUUCUAUAUACGUAAAACUCUUAGAUAACAAGGACAGCCAACUUCGAGCAGACAGUAAAACUGCUAUACAGUUCUAUCUAUUAGCGAGUUUAAUGGCUCCAAAGUCUAAUAAAACAGGGGUUAAGAAAAAAGAAAAAACAACGAAUAAUGAACGAUUAGGUUUUUGGAAACCGAGUAUUGCUGAAUCGCGUGAAGGCUUCAUUCUUCACGUACAGAUUCCCGGAGACAUAGAGACUCGGAUAUAUUCUAAACAAAAAGCAUUGAUUCAAAAAGGAUUGCAUCUGCAGCCAUUAGUGAUUGCUAUAGGAGAAGAUUUGACGAAUAUUACUAAGUCGUAUGUAAGAUUUGAAUCAGUUACAUAUGAACUGCCAUCACUUUUAAAAGCUAUUGAUGUUCUGUUCAAAAUAUAUUUAGUUUUUAAUUUAGCUUACCCGUUAGAAUGCGAGAAUUUCUGUUACUUGAUACAGUGGGGAGUCUAUCAAAUUAAAACUAAAUCGGACACGAAAAUUCCGUUGGUAUUUAAUACAUUAAAUAAGUUAAAGCCCAAAGAUAAAUAACACUUUGUUAUAGU